GCACGAAAGGAGAAUCUCAUCACCCAUCAGAGAACCCAUACAGGAGAAAGGCCUUACCAGUGUGCUACAUGUGGAAAAGGCUUCACACAGAAAAAAUGUCUCAUUUCCCAUCAGAGAAUCCAUACUGGAGAAAGGCCUUACCCGUGUGCUACAUGUGGAAAAUGCUUUAAAGAGAAAAAUCACCUCAUUGGCCACCAGAGAAUCCAUACUGGAGAAAGGCCUUACCAGUGUGCUACAUGUGGAAAAUGCUUUAAAGAGAAAAAUCACCUCAUUUGCCACCAGAGAAUCCAUACAGGAGACAGACCUUACCAGUGUGCCACAUGUGGGAAAGGCUUCGCAAAGAAAAGUAAUCUCAUUACCCAUCAGAUAAUCCAUACUGGAGACAAACCACAUAAGUGUUCAACAUGUGAUGCAGCCUUUUCAGGCAUCACCUCUUUAGCUGAUCACCAGAGAAUCCACACUGGAGAAAGGCCUUACCAAUGUGCAGCAUGUGGAAAAGGAUUUGUUACGAACAAAGCUCUCAUUAGCCACCAGAUGACCCAUACUGGACAAAGGCCUUACCAGUGUGCCAUAUGUGGGAAAAGAUUUGCAAAGAAAGGUAACCUCAUAUGCCAUCAGAGAAUCCAUACUGGGGAAAGGCCUUACCGGUGUGCCACAUGUGGGAAAGGAUAUGCACAGAAAGGCACCCUCAACAGCCAUCAGAAAAUACACAUUGACCUCAACUAACACUGGUGCACCAGACC